AUGGAGCCGCCAGCAGCCUGCCUUUGGUUCUCGGUGCUCAGCUGCCUCCUCGCCUGGGUGUCAAGCACACAUCCUGAGUGCAUCAUCAUGCUGGCGAUCGAACACGAGCAUGAGAAAUGCCUGGCAGACUCCGGCCUGGACAAUCAGACAGUAGGUUGCGGAAGGAUGUGGGACAACAUAACCUGCUGGCCCUCAGCAGCAGUGGGAGAAGUUGUGGUGAUCCCAUGCCCAACAUAUUUUAUCUUCUUCUCCAGUUCUCUGGGUAAUGUGACCAGGAACUGCACAAGCCAAGGCUGGGCAGACAUGUAUCCUGCCCCCUAUGCAGCAGCUUGUGGGUACAAUACCAACAGCACUCCAGUAGAAGAGACGACGUUCUAUGGCACAGUGAAGACCGGUUACACCAUUGGACAUAGUUUAUCUCUCAUUGCUCUCACUGCUGCUAUGAUCAUUUUGUGCCUCUUCAGAAAACUGCACUGCACUCGAAAUUACAUCCACAUGCAUCUCUUCAUGUCUUUCAUCAUGAGAGCCAUUGCAGUCUUCAUAAAGGACGUCAUCCUCUUUGAGAGCGGCGAGUCUGACCACUGCUCUACGAGUUCAGUGGGCUGCAAGGCCGCAAUGGUUUUCUUUCAGUACUGCAUCAUGGCCAACUUCUUCUGGCUGCUGGUGGAAGGCUUAUACCUGCACACCCUUCUGGUCGUCUCUUUCUUCUCAGAGAGGAAGUACUUCUGGUGGUAUAUCCUGAUUGGCUGGGGUGCACCAUCGGUUUUCAUCACAGCCUGGACUCUCAUCAAGGUUCACUAUGAGAACAUCGGGUGUUGGGAGGACAUAGGCGAGUCCCGGUACUGGUUGAUCAUCAGAGCGCCUAUUGCGGUUUCUAUUUUGGUGAACUUCAUCCUCUUCAUUUGUAUUAUCCGGAUCCUAUUCCAGAAGCUGCAUUCCCCAGAUGUCGGGCGCAAUGAAACCAGCCAGUACUCGAGACUGGCUAAGUCCACCCUGCUGCUGAUCCCGCUCUUUGGCGUCCACUACAUUGUGUUCGCCUUCUUCCCCGACAACUUCAAAAUGGAGAUAAAGCUCGUCUUCGAGCUCGUGCUCGGCUCCUUCCAGGGCUUUGUGGGGGCCGUUCUAUACUGUUUCCUCAACGGGGAGGUCCAAGCCGAGCUGAAGCGGAAGUGGCGCAGGUGGCACCUGGAGAGGUUCCUGGGCUCUGACAUGAAAUAUCACCACCCGUCCGUUGGGAGCAACGGUACCAACUUCAGCACUCAGAUCUCCAUGCUCACCAAGUACUCGCCUAAGACUCGCAGGUGCUCCAGCUUCCAAGCAGACUUCUCUCUGGUCUGA